AUGCAGUACGUCGCCGAGUCCCCCUCGAUCCGCGUUUAUUACCGCGGAAACAAGUACGACGUUCCUCUGGAGUUUGCAACUCGACUGCACCCCGGUGGCAAAAGCAUUCUGAUGCGCUACAAGGAUUGCGACAUCACGAAGGACUUUGAGAAGAUGAACCACACCACCGAUGCAGUGGUAAUGCUGAAUGAGUGGUUGGCUGACGGCAAACCUUUUUCCGAGACCCACAAGUCUACUGUAUCCUGCGAGGCUGAAGAAGACGGGAAUCAGCACAAAAAGGAGUCUGAUAAGGCGAAACACUGGAACAGGAUGGCGAUCGCCUUCGGAAUCGCCUCCAUUGUGGCCGCGGUGCAAGUUCGCAAACACUGA